AUGGAGGGACUUGGCAUGGACGCAGCUCAACUGGAUACGCAAAGGAAGAAGGGAGAAGCCAUCUUGAAGACCAGCUCGACCCCUACUCGACCAACCGGUCGAGUUCCUCAACUCGACCGGCCAAGCUUCAACUCGAUCGAGCUGAGAAGUCAAAGUCAAACCCGAAAAAUGUCUUUUGGAGCAUUCUGGGAUAGGAGGACUUGGUGCAUGGACGCAGCUCAACUGGACACGCAAAGGAAGAAGGAGGAAGCCAUCUUGAAGACCAGCUCGACCACCUACUCGACCACCGGUCGAGUUCCUCAACUCGACCGGCCAAGCUUCAACUCGAUCGAGCUGAGAAGUCAAAGUCAAACCCGAAAAAUGUUGCUUCCCCCUUGA